AUGGCGAACCAAGUUAUUAGUCUGUCGGGAUUGGUAAAUUUCUUUCGUGAUGAUCAAAAUGUUGUGAGUAAAGGUGAAACAAAAUAUCAUUCAGGUUUCGUCCUACAAGUGACAAUUGAUGGAUUCGCUAUAAAGGGUGUCGUUCGCGCGUCGAUGAAAGAUCGAUCGUACAAAGUAGGCCUAAGCGUAAAUGGAGAGGGGCUUAUAACCUCAGCAGAAUGUGAAUGUCCUAGAGGACAGUGGUUAUGUAGUCAUAUGGCUGCUACAGCCAUUUAUGUCAACAAAAAGGGCAUGUCCAAAACAGAUUUGCCUAAUUCAUGGAUGCACAGGCCUAAAAGCAAAGCAAAGAGGGAAUCAGAGACGAAGACCAUUUCGGACCUUUUCCCACCGACGAAGCCCCAUUACAAGGCUGCCUCCAGAAGCUUUACGGAAGCUGACCGAGAAAAUUUCCACGAUAGACUAGUUACCAUGAACGUUGACUGUCCGUUUCGAUGGAUUCUCUCGCCUGAACCCGACACCAGUAAGGAUUCAAAAGGACCACCUCUGAUAGAAGAUCUGCUGCCUCUCUUUGCCAGCAAUAAGGAGCUAUUUGUAAAAGAAGUAGCAGUGACAAGAGAGCAGCAGCAAUGGGUUGCUGAAGCAACAAAGCUACAAAGUAAGAGUCAUUUGUGGGGCCAGUAUAGGAGACUGCGCUUAACUGGUAGCAACUUUGGCUUGGUGUUAGGAGCAGUUAAGCGAAAUAUGGAAUUUAAUAAGCAGUACCCGCCAUCGCUUUUCAAAACUCUAAAAGGGGAGUACAACUUGAUGAACAAGGACAGCAUAAUGUGGGGAGGAAUGCACGAAGAAGUGGCAUGCAAACAGUAUGAAGAAAAAACAGGGAAUAGAGUCACUUCAACUGGGCUGCAUCUUUUCCAAUGUGGAUACCUUGGUUGUUCCCCAGAUGGAAUUAUUUCUUCAAAAGAAAUGGAUGGUCCAGGAGCCCUGGAAAUUAAAUGCCCUUGGAAAUACAAGGACUCUUCAAUCAAGGAGAUGAUCGAGAAGGAAAUGACUUCUCCAUCCCAUUUCAGACAAUUUUAUUUAACCCAUGACCUGAUGCUCAACAAUUCACAUAAUUACUGGCAUCAGGUCCAAGCAGAAAUGGCUGUCCUUGGUACCAAAUGGGCACAUUUUGUUGUUUGGACAGCUAAAGACAUGCAUGUUGUUUUUGUCCCAAAAGAUGAGAAUUGGGAGAAAAACAAUAUACCUUUGCUAAGUGACUUUUAUCUUAACACAUUAUUACCAUCAUUUUAUUUAACUGAAUAAUCUUUUCCUAUGUUUUAAGGAUAAAAAGCAGCGAUAUUCACAGAAAGAGGAAAUCCUUGACUCACAUUAUUGAAACAUUUUAAAUAAUAUAAAUGAUCUAAUUUUUUUUAAACAAGGGGGUUCAAGGUGUUCAAAAAGAAAGAAGUUGUUGUGUUGGGUUUUGUUGAUGUAGUUUUAAAAAUACACUAAAUUUGAUUAAAUUUUAUAUCUUCAACAGUUUCAUUUUGAUAUGUCAUAUUCAACAGAGGUGUACCAAGAGGUUAUAGGGAGGAGUAGCUUUUAUUCACUUUGGGCAAAUUUUAUCUAUCAACCCAUCCACUCUAUUGAAUACCAACCUAUGUAUCAAUAAAUUAAUAACAGGUUCAUAUUUUAUUUGCACAAAAAAAAUGAAAUUUUUUAAAUUGAUAUGUUCUGAAUUAACAGUUUGUUGUCUGUUGUUUAUUGUUAUUAAUCACUAGCUACACUAUGAUUUACUAUGUGAAUGCAAAAAAUCACUUUUCACUGUUUUCAUAGUCUAUGCCACUGAAUGUCAAAAGAUGUAUUUUGGACCAGAUAAGUGUCUUAUUAAAAGAGGAGGGUGUCUGACAUACAGUUCAUGUAUCAAUGAAUGGGGGGGGGGAGGGCAAACCUUGAUCUUAUGCAGUAUAUAAAAAAUUACAUAUUUGGCAACAGGCAAUAUGCUAUUAGUGUCUCACUACUUAAAUAUUCCACUUAUAACUGGUGACUGCAGAUUAACAAGGGCUGCACAAACUUGAACAAUUUUAUUAGCAAGUUGUCUUUGAUUGGUCUCCAAAGCCUGCAAUAUUUUAAAAUUUCGAAGACGCUCAAUUGCCCUCUCCACAUGGAUUCUUGAUCUUGAAAUUUUUCUUGAAAGUAUGGCUUCAGCCUUGGUGAAUCUUUCUUUGCCACUUAAAAAAGCAGGCAAAUUGAGAGAUACUCCUUGUGGCAGUAUAUCAUGGAGAAGAAAACCCUUGUCUGCCAGUAUAAGAUCUCCAGCCUGCAAAAUUUAAAAAACACAAAAAGCUCAAAAGUAAAUUUCAAGACUGCUUUCAGAACAUUACAACUUUAUUUAUUUUUGAGUGAUUAGAAACAAAAUAUUACAUUUGGGGAUUAACAAUUUGGCAUUAUUCGCUAAAUACAUUUGGAAAAAUAUAUUUUGUUGUGCAUCAUUUACUUAAAUUCAAAUACAGGAAACUAUUCUAACUGGACUUCAGUUGAUUUUGUGCAGAAACUGCAAUUUGGUUAAAAAAUUUAAAUUUGAUAUUAUAUGCAUGUUUAGGUGUUACAAGUAGAGACUUCUUCCCCUUACCUUUAAAUGGCUUAAAAUAUUAGAUUCUUGGGUGACAACUUUAUCACUGGUGCUUCCGGGAUAUCCCUCACUCACAAAGGUUAUUGCCCCGUUAGGAGCAACACCAAUGAGAUAUUUUGCUGUCAAGUUAUGCUUGUAGUUACUGUAUACAAGAUUUGCUGCUUCCAGGUCCUUCCUUGGGGCUGACAAACGGAACUCUGUACAGUCUAAAAUGAUGCGGCAGUUUGAAAAGUCACCAAAAGAAUCAGGCAUACUUGACUGAUUCUUGGCAAGGGAUGGAACAUUUUGCAUCAAUUUUACAAAGAUAAUCUCGUGUAGUAAAUGAAUAUAUGUAUAGAAUAUAUUGGUUAUGGUUGUUCUGCUAACUCCAAAUCUUUUAGCCAAAUCAAAGAGUGGGACAUCAAGCUUGAGCUUCAUCAGGCAAACCAGAAGUUGAUCAGAGUGACUUAAAGAUUUGACUUCAAAUCCAUACCAAUAGUUCAAAGGUUUGAAAUGAGCCAAAAGUUGACUCAAUUCUUCAAAAGCAACCUUAGUUAAUGUUGUGUAAUUCUGUAUAUCUUUAUUAUUCAAAUUUUUAUAACAAAAAACUUUGCCCUGGAGUUCCUUAAUUUCUGCCAUGGCUUCUUUUAAAUCACCCUUUACUCCGGCAAGGUUCUGAUCCAGAUUGCAAACGGAUUCUUCAGUGGAUGAUUGCAUCGUUACAUCAACACUGCUGCUCAUGCUACUAUAUUCAGCCAAGUCUGUGGAUGUUUCUCCCUCACCGGCCAUAUCUCCUGUAACCACGGUGGCUUCAUGUUCACCUCUCGCUUUCUGAGCAGCUCUAGAUUGGCGCUUUGGUUCUCGUUCAUCACCCUCAUUUCCCCUUAAAUUCAAGCUUGGGAUCGCAGUUCUCUUUAAUCUAAGCCUUCGGAAUUGGGCUGGUGUAUCAGACCUUGGCUGAGAAUAAUCAGUUCUUUCGAAAUGUUUGCCACACACGAAUGACGACUUUUUCGGAACGAACCCGGCACGACGAAUUCUGAUCUCCCAAGCUUUCGAAAGCUUCUUGUCACUUGGAAAUUCGUGAAACGACAAGUCGGGAUUAAUUUCUGAGUCUGAGUUGCAACCAAACACACAGCAGUACUUUGGCAUCUCUAUAAUAAUGUAAAACGCAACGCAAAUCUACUUGAAAUCGAAAUAAUUAAUUGCUGUUUGUUUAUGAGCACUUAGGCCAAAUCCCGUAACCACCACGUAGCUAGGGACGCGGGCUUUCAGCCAAUCAGAGAUCGCUUCCGCUUACGUAGCGUAAACGUUAGGAUCCCAUCACAAUAUAAUCAACUCGAAGAGAUAAUCCUAUUAAUGAUUUCUUCUGGGGCGAUAUUUCAAGGGUAGUGUCAUCAAAAAGGUUGCUACAGAAUUGGAAAAAAGAAAAAUGCUUCUCUUCUGUCAUGACCUGACUAAAUCCUCAUCAAGGAAAAAAGGACAGCUUAUGGUUUUUACGAAUAUUGGAACGCUGUUUCUUCUGAAGUGGUUGCUGUGUGAAACAAAUAUAUGAAAGGAAUGCUUUUAACAGCGAUGCAAACAUAAACUUUUAGGUUUUAUUAUUGGCAUUAGCAAUCUUCAUUUCUCUAAAUGACUUCAUCCCUUUUUUAAUACAACAUUGAAUUUGAAAUAAAAUUUCACGUAGUGAGAAAAGCGUAUUUUAUGAACAAAGCACCCAUUUCCACGAUGACUAUUUUUGGCCUAUCCACAUGUUUUCACAAUCAUCAUAGCUAGAAAGGAGACAAUCUCACGACAUAAACUCCCUAGGAUCGUAUUAAGAGACAGUUGCAUUUGGCAUUUCCAUCAAAAUUCACAAUAGAUCCGUGCAGAUGGCAUCACAAACAUUGCCAUAUAAAGAAUGCACUGGUUGAUUUAGGGUGAUGGAUUAGCUUGACAGAAAACUACAAGAUUAGCGCCGCGCUAUGGUAGAAUCAUGCCCUGAUCUAAUGUGCUGGCAGCAGACACUGAAUUUGGACUCUUUUAUGUUGCGUCUGAUCCUAGUAAACGUUUUCUUGCAGCACCUAUUUGCUAACGUAAAAACACACAAAGUGAGCUAUUCUCCAUGCUGCUAUCUACCGACCUCCAAAGAAGCAACGUAGUGGUUUAGCAAAACCAGCACCCCAUUCCCAUGCCAACGCGAAAGGGUGUUAUGAAGCCCUUAAAUGGGUGGAAACCAGUAACGGUGCCUUUGCACCAAUAAGUUGACAAAACGAACACGCUUUUCGCGAGUCAUAAAGUCGCCUCAUAGUGUCAAUAUAGUCGCCCAUUAUAUGACCUUCUACCCUUCAUGCUCACGCUGCAUAUCUUGCAAAUGCUAUCACGCGAAGGAGGCAGACUGCUUUUACGAACUAUGGGAAAAGAUGCAAUUCAGAGACCAGUGACAAGACCAGAUACUGCUGAGAAGUUGGAUAAUGGGCGUCACCCAUGAGACCGCACCCAUUUUGCCUCUUUUCAGCACCAGGUGUAUUUUCCUUAGAGAAAAGUAUGAUUUCCUACAUUUUUACAUCGCAUUUUAUCAAUUCUAAGAAAAAUUGUAUAGGCAAUGUCUUGAAAAAAGAUUGUGUGAUUCGGGGUUAGUACCCCUAUACCACCUCUUGACGCCACCACUGUCGGAGAGCUGCUUUCUGUAUAUAACGUAAAAUUUCCGAAAAACUCACGUCAAAGUUCCUUAUUUUU